AUGGAGACCCCUGAAGCUCACGUCAAGAAGCCUAUGCAAGAUCUAGAACUACAGGCUGUCGACAUUGUUGGUGCGGGAGAGGUACAACUUCUUGAAAUUCCUCCUUCUACGUCACGAAUACCUUACAAUAAUGGCUAUGGAGACUUCGUCUUUGGCAGGUUGAUUGAUGGGAAGAAAGGAAACAAGGGACAGACGGACUUUGUUACUGGUAGUAAUGCUGUCCCAUUUGUCGAGCUUAACGGGUUCCAAAGAUCGGGCAUCUUUCCCUUCAACGAUCUACCCAUAGAGGUGCGCCAAGCCAUCAUCGGUAUGAUGAUUAAGCCCAUGUUCUCCUACCGCGGGGUUCAAAGAACACCAUAUUUCGAAAUUAAACUCUCCCGAAAGCGCUUCCAACCAGACUUGGCGCAUCCUGACCGUCAACAUGGCGAGUUGCACCCAGAAAGCCGGCCAUGCAGGAGCCUCUAUGCCUGGAGUGGUGUUGAUCGGAGAGAUCACUUGUUCGUGGAUUGGGUUCGACAAAUAUCCAACACAAGUAAUCAGUUCCGAAAGGAGCUAGGAGACGUUCUUUGGAAAACUUGUGCUAUCGAAGCAAGUGGAGAUCAAUCUGACUUCCAUGAGAUCAAAUAUUUCCUUGAAUCUCGGCCAGCUAUUCACAAAGGAAUUAGAAUUGUGUCCUUCGGCAUCAAUCAUCGCAUUGACCUCAAUCACCGAGAAUUCGAAGCUUGUUGCUCUUCAAUGGCGUUGCUACCAAGAUUGUACAAGCUCGAAAUCACACUUGAUAUCUCUGAAAACGAUCUCCAUCGACUUGGCCAAGGUCUAGAUGGUUUCGUUUACUUGACUGCUUCUCGAAACUUGCAGCUGCUUCGGGUUUUCCACAUUCGUUUGGACAUCUCCAUGGACUAUGAGUUAGUGGACGAUGAAGACGACGAUGAUGAAGGUAGCAAUGGUACUGGUUAUGACAGAGAUAGAGAAGAGGAGCUCCAAAGCAAAUAUCUUCCCAUUGUUGAAGAUUUGAUGCUACCAGCUCACCUGAAGUCAUCACGACAACCUUCCGGUCCCACCAAUCAAUCAAGUGCGAGCUCUUAG